AGAGAGACAAAUAACCACGCAAUCUUUGGACACCCCCACUUCUGAACAGAAUGAAUUCUGCGAGAACAGCUCAAGGAUGAAUGUGUUGCUUCUUAAAGAACCAAGAGAUGGAGAGUCUGGACCYGAUCCCUACAUUCAGGAGCUGGGAUCACAAGGACACAAAGCGACCCUAAUUCCAGUUCUGUCCUAUAAGUUUGUCUCGUUAAACACCUUGUCAGAUAAGCUUUUCCAACCAGAGAAACAUGGUGGCCUGAUCUUUACCAGUCCCAGAGCAGUGGAAGCUGUGAAGAUGUGUUUAGAAGCAGAGGAACGGAGAGACGAAUGGARCAAAUCUGUAAAAGACAAAUGGAACAUGAAGUCCAUCUAUGUGGUUGGGACGGCAACGGCAGCGUUAGUGCAGUGUCUGGGUCUGAAGCCCCUAGGAGAGGACACAGGGACGGCCCACGUCUUAUCACAUUUUAUCAUCCAAAGAGAGGAUAAAAAUAUCCCGCCGCUUCUUUUCCCCUGUGGUUCGAUUAAAAGAGAAGUCUUGCCCACGGCUUUGAGGGAACACGGAGUUCCUCUGGAGACGCUGACUGUCUAUCAAACCGCUAAACAUCCUGAACUUGAAGAAAAUCUGAAGGAUUAUUUCACAGAACAGGGCACUCCAGCGAGCGUCGGCUUCUUCAGCCCAUCAGGGGUGAAGUUCUGCCUGGACGAGGUUCGGAGGCUGGCAGGUGAUCAGCUGACUCACAUAAAGGAGCAGUAGCUACAAAAACCAUGAUUUUGUGCAGAAAAGUGACAUUUUUGUCAUUUUCUCUGAGCACUAGUUGGUAAACCUUAAUAUCCAAAUAUUUGAGGUUUCUUCUUAAU